AUGACUAAUGAAGAGCUACUCCAAAAGCUCAUGACUGAAAUGGGGACCAAACUAAAUGCUAGAAUAGAUAAGCAGGAUGAAACCAUUAGAAACAUCCAAAUGUCCCAAAUGAGUUUAGAGGAACAAGUUGCGCAAGUGGCUAAUUCUUUGAACUUGCGCCCCCAAGGUGGGCUUCCCGGUGAUACUGAGCCCAACACAAAGCAAUUGCAUGCGGUAAGUACUAGAAGUGGGUUACAAUUAGAGGAAAUAGCUCCAAAGAAGAGAGAUACUGAGUAUGCUAAGUAUGUGAAGGACAUUGUGGCUAGCAAUAGGAGGCUCACAAAGUAUGAAACUGUAGCACUUACUAAGGAGUGCAACUCAAGGAUCCAAAACAGGCUGCCCAAAAAGUUAAAAGAUCCGGGUAGUUUUACUGUGCAAAUUACAAUUGGGCAAAGUGUUCAUGCCCGGGAGUUGUGUGAUUUGGGGGAAAGUAUAAAUUUGAUACCCUUAUCUUUGUAUCUAAAGCUUAGGUUGGGUAGUCCAAAACGAACCACUGUUAUUCUCCAGCUUGCUGAUAAAUACAUUGCUAGGCCAGAGGGGGUGGUAGAAGAUGUGUUAGUGCAAGUAGGUUCAUUGAUUUUUUGGGUAGAUUUUGUGGUCUUAGACUUUGAACCCGAUCCUGAAGUUCCAUUCAUUUUGGGACAUCCUUUCUUGGCCACGGGUAAGGUAUUGAUUGAUGUAACAGCUAGUCAACUAACUAUGAGGGCACAUGAUAAGGUUGAGGUAUUUGAUGUUUACCGCGCUAUAAAAUUGCCUUUUAUUUAUGAAGAGUUGUCUACUAUUACUGUGGUUGAUCUCAUAGUAGACUCACAAGUAGUUGUGCCCGAAGAUCCUUUAGAAAUAGUGUUAGUGGGUCAUGAGAUAGAAGGAGAUACUGAAGCUCAAGAGAUUGAAUCAUGCUGA